AUGUCACACAUCGGCAACGAGUAUGGCCAGCGCAGGGCAAGCGAUGAGCCCAACGUUAUCACGUCCCCGGACAAGGCUCAAAACCACGAUCACGAUGACUCUGACCGAUCUACGGCCCGAACUGAAUCGCCCUUGUUUAGCAAACUGCCUGCCGAGCUGCGCACCCUGAUCUACACCGAGUUAUUUGGUGGCCGUAGAGUGCAUCUCGGGUUCAUGACGCAUCCCAUCCGCAACGACAAGGUGGGCAAUCGAAGACGAUGGCGUCACGGCAUCUGCGAGGAGGAGCGUGCUUCUGUCCCGUUCGACCGUGUCAUCAAUAAAAACCAGCACUACUGUCUGUCCGUCAGCCGCCGCCGCGUGCUUGACAUCUCGUUGCUAUUCACCUGCCGCCAAGCGCUUGUCGAGGGAAUUCCCGUGCUAUACCAGAGCAAUGUCUUCUUCAUCGUCAACACGGGGAACAUGAGGUUGCCCGUUGAUGACAUCCGCAGCCUCCAGGUCAAGAUACCCAACCACUGGCACCUCGUUCGGGCUCUGGAGAUCCAGUGGGAUGUGGGAGUCUACGACAGAAACAAGGCUACCGCAAUACCGCAUAUUUGGGGGCGUGUGAGCUACGAGGCCUUGUGGGAUGCUCUCGCCGAGAUGCCAGCACUUUCUCACCUGCGCAUUGCCCUCUUCAUUCCUGGCCUCCCCUGGCCCGGCACCAGCCUCACGCCCGCAGAACUGCGCGAACUGUACCUGGGGCCCAUCAGACGCCUCAAGAAUCUCAGAUUAUGCGAAGUCGUCUUCCCAGAAUUGUACCGCCCCCAUCUCGCCCUGCAUGAGGACCCCUCCUUCUUCAAGUGCCACGAGACAUGCCAAUAUCGCGUUUCAUGGGCCAAUCGGCCGUCGCUCGACGUCGGGUAUGCAUCCGCUCUCACGCUUCAUCCGCAUCUGUCUACAGCCUCACUCAAUGCGAUCCACCCCGAUCUCUGA